AUGUGCGAAACCAUUGAGGAGACGCCUCGCUGCCAUGCAAGGAAUCACCAAAGCGCAGAUGAUGAAAUGACCAUCAAAUGUGCAUACCGCCGUGCCUGUCGAUUUCUGGACAACGACAAUUACACCGAUUGGACUACACAACUGCAAGAUGACAAAGCCAGGACUUGGUUGCAGUCACACAAGGAUUUGGCUCACAUGCGGUACUACUUUGACAAAGGCGUGGGAACAUUCGAUGUGCUGGGCGGCAACUUUCCAACCACAGCCUUGGCUCAGAAUGAAGGGGUCGACAAAAGUCAGCUCUACCGAAUGGGCCGUGGUUGA